AUGGUCACCGACAAUGACUCUCCAAUAGUUUGUGAAAGAAGGAUGUUCGAUUGCAAGCCCCACUACAUCAACAUACUUCCCCACUUUAAUGGGAAGUCUAAUGAUGAACCAUACACUCAUUUGGCGGAGUUUUCGUCUAUAUGUAGUACUAUUGGAGGGCAUCAUUUUGCAUUGGAAGAGGUCAAGCUUCGGUUAUUUCAAUUUUCGUUAAAGGAUAAGGCGAAACAAUGGUUCCUCACACUUCCGGCGAAUAGUAUUCGUACAUGGGGCGAAAUGCAACAAGUUUUUCUUGAUGAGUAUUAUUCGAUGGCGAAGACCGAUGAUGCUAGAGAUGAAAUUAGGUCUUUUCGCCAACUUUCGAGCGAACCAUUGCACGAAGCAUUCACCCAAUACAAGGAACUAAUUCAGAAGUGCCCACAUCAUCAAAUUGAAAAGUGGGAGUUGGUUAAAUGUUUUGUGCGAGGGUUGGAUGAUGAGACAUGGAACCACCUUGAAUCGACGAGUAAUGGAACUUUGUUGAGUAAUCACGAGGACAAUGAUUGGGAGUUCCUCGAGAGGAUGAGCAAAAGGUCAAAGGUGAAAGAAUCGGCCGACCGAGCCAAAAAGCACUCUACCUCAAGGUCUUGGCCCGAUUGCGAUGCGAGUUCUAAGGAUCGGAUUGAAACGUUGGAACGGGAGUUGGCCCGCAUGAAGAAAAAAGAAGUGGGUGCGGUGCAAUACACCGUAUGUGAAGAAUGCGGCGACAUCGGUCACCGGACCGAGAAUUGUCAAGCCACUGUGGCUGUGAAUCAAGUGUAUGGAGACCGGAGGAAAUACGAUAUGAACUCCAACACUUACCACCCCGGAUUGAGGAACCAUCCUAACUUUAGGUAUGGUAAUGCCUCCAACCAAAUGAACCCGAAUUUCUAA